AUGUCUUCCACUGAAGAUUCACAAGCUGAACUGACAAUGGAUUAUGAUCGAUUGAAGGAAAUAAACGAUUUCGAUGAUACAAAAGCUGGUGUUAAAGGACUAGUUGAUUCUGGAAUUGUGAACAUACCAAGAAUUUUCAUUAGGCCACCUGAUGAACUUGUUGAAGAGUUGAAUCAGUGCAAGUCAACUCUAAAGAUUCCUGUGGUGGAUCUAAGUGGCGUAGAAGUUGAAGAUCAACGUAAGAAAAUUGUCGAUGAAAUAAGGGAAGCAUCAGAAAAGUGGGGAUUUUUCCAACAGAUAAAUCAUGGGGUUCCUUCUUGUGUUUUGGAAGGAAUGAUUCUUGGGAUUCGUAAAUUUCAUGAACAAGAUGUUGAGUUAAAGAAAGAGUACUAUACGCGUAAUCAUACGAGAAGAAUUAGACACACAACAUUGGAGAGCAGCCCGAUGUUAUCAAAUGACAUGUUUGUAAGUGUGAAUCAUAGAGUUAUAGCGAAUAAGGUAGGACCGAGGAUGUCAGUGGCGUGCUUCUUCACCGGUGUUUCUGCAACUCCAAAGAUCUAUGUGUAG